AUGCCGCUUCCGCCUCCCGCGGCGCGGUACGCCGUCUCGCGAUCCAGCACUCCAGGGGUGAGCCGCGGCGGCUCCCCCGUCCGUGAUGUCCCUACCCCGCCAAUGUCGGCGCGCAUCCACUCGCGCCCCGGCACCCCACCCCCUGGCAUGGCCAAGGACCACCACCCGAUCUCGGCGCCUCCAACCCCCGUCAACACGACGCACCUUCUUCCCAUCCCCCUUCCCAGUGUCGCGCCCGGCAUACCCGGCCUCAGCGCCCUGGGAAUGGAGCGCUGCCGCUCGUCCGAGGCCGUGCUCACCCACUCACACUCGCACGUCCGUGCACCAGACAAGGGUUCGGGAACCACUAGCGCGGACGCCACCCCCCGCAAACCACAUCCCCUGGGCGCUAACCCCCCCGCGAACGCGGCCACUGCCCUCCUCGACCUUCCGUCGUCGGGUGAAGUGUCGCCCCUCGGCUCACCCGAUAUGGGUAACCGCGUCGUUGACGAUCUGGGUGCCCCAGCGCUCCACGACGACCAUCUCCACCCGCAACAGGCUCACCCUCAUCCGCAGCACCAACAGCUCGACGGCUGCGACGCGCACGAGCAUGGCCUAGCGCACGAGCACGAACACGAGCACGAGCACCUCGACCACGGGGACCACGACGAGCGCAUGGACAUUGACGAGGUUGAGGUUCCGGUUCCCGAGUUAGGUGCGCCGACGAGCGACGACGCCGGCGUGUGGGGCAUGCCCAAGUGGGGCUUAGAGGAUGAGCGUCCCGAGGUGCGCCCCGGUGUCCGCCUCGUCGGCAUGGAGGAACUGCCUGCCCUGAUCGAGCGGCAUUCACUGCUUGACACCCCGAGCCAGGUUGUCUUUCCCUGGUUACACGGUAUUGCCGACGACGGCAUGAAGGGACGCGAGAUGGGUGCCUUCUUCGGCUACGGCCCGCCGUUCGAGCCCCCUCCCUAUCGCGGCCUCUCCGUCGUUCUUGCGCCGCCGCAUCCGCUCGAUAAGCAGCAGCGUCUGGCGACGUCGCCAGUGACGGCCACGACGUCUCCUCUGGUUCCGGCUCACGAGGCGGGUGGCGGCGCACGCGCGCCGUCGCCGAACCACCUCAACCUUCCGCCGCCGCGUGAAAACGGGUCCAAUUCAUCCGGAUCGUAUUCGUCGAUGGGCAGCACCGCGAUCACUUCGCCGACGAUGACAGCGGAGUCCCUCGACCCUACGACGCCUCCGCCAACGGAGCAGAAGCUCGCCGCCAACGUCGGCGUACAGGAAGCGUCGUCGGAUUCCGACGGCGACCACGACGUCCAGAUGCACCCGUGCACCGACAAGCGUGUCGGCGUUGCCAGCCCUCGCUCCGAGAACACGGCUCCGCCCGACAUCGUCCCCGACCAUGGCUCUGACUCGGACAGCGACAGCGACGAGUCAUACAUAUCCGACGACGAUCCGGGCCCGAGCUGCAUUCUCAUGAACGCGGUGCACGCGCAGGACGUAUUCGAACUUCCUCAGUACCCACCGCCGGGUCGCCGGCCUAGCUUCGGCCGUGCCGCGCUGAACGCCGAGAGACGGCCAUGGGGUCGUUUCCGCGCUCCCCGUUUGCCCAACCAGAUAAACUUGCGCAACCUCAACAUCCAGCAGAUCAAGUACGCGACAAUUUCCGAUAUCAUCGUGUACACUCGCAACGGCGUUGGGCCUGGUAUCCUCGAGGUCGCGGAGGCGAUGGCUGUCGCGCAGGAGGAGCUCUAUCGCCAACGCGUGGAGGAGUUCUACCGCCACGUCCACGGUCGCGGGGAAGGCGAGGGCAUAAACCGCCCCGUCAAGUACGGCGUGUGGGUGCUUGUCGAGCCAUUCUCCAAGGUUGAGAAGUUCUGUCCCGACUUGGUGAACAUUGACUGCAUGGGCAACCAGACGAGCAACUCGCGGCUCGUUGACCUGUUUGAGCGCGAGGCGUACGAGAGCCGCGCCAUGACGCGUGCUUCCGAGGUCGUCGAGGGCUUCUGGGUUGGCAACGAUACGGACGUUCCUGGUGGUGCAGACGAUGGCGCGGGCGCCAGAGUCCCGUUCGAUAUGUGUGUCAAGGCGUCCGAGUGCUCGGAUAUGCCAACGAGCGCGGCGAUCGCUGUCGCGUACCGCCAGUUAUUGGCACUCGACCGUGUCCGCGGGCAGCACGAUGAGGUGCAGAACACUUGGACAGCGUCGCCUGCGACCACGGCCCUGCGCAACCUACUCUCGCCGGCUGGCCCAGCCACACCGCAGAUCAACGAAAGCACGCCUCUACCUCGGCCUCGCGCUAACGCCCUCGGCACAUCCCCGGACGAGACGCACAUCUAUGCGCAGCAGCACGCGGUAGAGAACCACUACGUCGCCAUCGAAUGUGCUGGUUCUUGUAGAACUAUCACGGGUCAGAUGCGCAACCUCGCGACGAUGACUGAGAAGGUGGUCGAGCUCGUCUCGUUCCUCCGCAAGAUCAUCGAGGGGCGCGACAAGACCGGCAUCAAGCGUCAGGUGCUUGUACACUGCCAGGACGGUUACACCGAGUCGAGCAUCCUCGUUCUGUCGUACAUCAUGGCGUCGCUUGGGGUAUCUCUGCCUGAGGCGUACUUGCAUCUCCAGCUCGUUGCCAAGCGCUCUUUCUUCCUGUACCCAACCGACAAGCCGCUACUGCAUCGCAUCGACGCACGCUUGGCGCAGGAGCGUCGUGACCGGGCGAUCAAGUGCAUGCGCUCAUCAAACGGAUCGGCUUCGCCGGUCACGCCAUCCAGUCCGAGCUCGAAUUCGCCGGCUCCCGCGUCGCGCUGGAAGCCGUGGGGCUUCAUACGUGGUAGCGGCGGCGUGUCCGCCCCGCACGUGCCGCUGAUCGAGUCGCAGCCGCCAACCACGCCAAAGCGCAACGUCGAUGCCGCCAGACGCGUGCUCGUCGACGAGGGCCAGGGCGGCAGCCAGGCGGCCCUUGACUGCCGCGUUUGGUUCGAGGACAAGCGCUUUGAUGGUUUCCCGUCGCGCAUCCUCCCGUUCUUAUACCUCGGCAACCUCGAGCACGCAGGUAACGCCGCGAUGCUCAAGUCCCUCAAAAUCACGCACGUCGUGUCCGUCGGGGAGAGUCUACUCGACGUUGCGAUCGACCACGACCCGCUCCACGGCUAUAUCGGGAGCAACACGCUCGCGGCCGAGGCUAGAGCCGGGAGAAUCCAAGUUCUCGACCUCACGGAUGUGCGCGAUGACGGUAACGACCCUCUGCGACCUGUCAUCGCUCGUGCGUGCGAAUGGAUGGAGGGCGCCCGCGCCGCCGGUGGGAGCGUGCUCGUGCACUGUCGUGUCGGUGUUUCGCGUAGUGCAAGCAUUGUGAUGGCGUACCUCAUGAAAUACCGCGGUAUGGGUCUCAUGGACGCAUACCUGAUGACCCGCGCGCGGCGCCUGAACGUGCUUAUCCAGCCGAACCUGCGCUUCUUCCACGAGCUGUUUGGGUGGGAGGUGGAGCUGUCCCGCUCCGAGGCCGAGUGCCGUGAGGAGCGCAAGCGCGAGGCCGUUGCGGCUGGUGUGCGGGAUCCCUCCGCUCUCGCACUACUGGACCGCGAGCCACCACCGCGCAAGAUCCUGUACACGUGGCCCACGUUCUGCCGCGACGUGCAUUGCCUGAACCGCCGGUUCCUGUGCAACUAG